AUGCGUACCUAUCUGCGAGAGGUGCCUCUCGGGCAGCUCAUUCGGCUCCUAGGUGGGAAGAGAGUGCUACCAUUUCCCGAGGAGCAAAAUGGGUUCUCCAUUCCCACAUCCAUCAUGUCGGCUGACUGCGAGCCCGGCAACACGGGUGAUAAUGUGUACGCUCUCGAGUCGGCAAGAGUUUCGCGGCCGAUUGUAACCUGGUACAGCGCCGACGACCCGGAGAACCCUAAAAACUGGCCUGGGUGGAAGAAGGCGGUGGUCUACUUGAUCAUUUGCUUCUACGCGGCCAUCUCGCAGGCCUCAGUCUCCAUUUUUACCCCGUCGCAGAUGCUCCUGCCCGCUAUCUUUGACAUCUCCAUUACAGUCUCGUCCCUUGGAUUGGGCCUGUUCGUGUUUGGCUAUGGGGCCGGGGGCCUGUUACUCUCGCCGCUGUCGGAGAUCCCGGUCAUCGGGCGCAAUCCUCCCUACGUGGUCAGCAUCACCUGUUUCACGCUCUUCGCCAUCGGCGCACCUUUGACCAACACCAUUGCGGGCAUCCUGAUCCUGCGGUGGCUGCAAGGAGUCAUGGCGGCGGCCAUCCUGAACACCGGAGGUGCCUCCCUAGCCGAUAUCACCACCAUGUACGAGCUGCCGUACGGCAUGUACUCGUGGGCCGUGUUCGCCUUUGUAGGACCUGCAAUCGGGCCCAUCAUCUCAGGCUUCACAAUCGACGCAGGCUACAGCUGGCGCUUCCCACUCUGGGAAAUCGUCUUCCUGGCGGCUCCCACACUGAUCCUGGUGUUCCUCCUCCCCGAAACCUCCGCCCCCCGCAUCCUGUACGCGCGAGCCCAGCGCCUCCGCCAACUCACGCAGGACCCCGGCCUCCGCUCGCAGUACGAGGUCCAGCGCGAGAAAGAAGAAACAACCGGGAAACGAUCCGCCCUGAAACCUUUGUACUCUGCCCUCAUCAUUCCUUGGAAGAUCCACGCCCUGGACCCCUCGAUCCUCUUCACCACCGUAUACUGCUGUCUCGUCUACUGUUCCUACUACCUCUACUUUGAGGUCUUCCCCUUGGUCUACAUGGACCAGCACGGGAUGUCCGUCAGUCAGAUGGGGCUGGUUUACCUCUGCGUCCCCGUGGGCACCUUUCUGGCCGCGAUCCCCUACUUCGCCUUUAUCCACUGGCAGGUGCACGCCCCCAUGCGCCGCGACGGAACCGUCCCCGAGCCCGAACAUCGCCUCGUCCCCGCGCUGGGCGCCUCGAUCAUCAUCCCCGUGGGCCUGUUCCUGUUCGCGUGGACCGGCCGCAGCGCGCACAUCCACUGGAUCGUGCCGACGGUCGGGGCCAUGUUGGUCGCCGGCGGCAACGCCAUCAUCUUCCAGUCCAUCUACGUCUAUGUCGCCCUUGCCUACCCGCGCUACGCCGCCUCACUGUUCGGGUGCAACGGCUUCAUCCGGGCGACGGUCGCGUGCGGCGCCGUGCUGGUCGCGCAACCGCUUUACAACGGCUUGGGGAUUGCUGGGGGGACCUCUCUGGUGGCCGGGUUGUGUUGUCUGUGCACCCUGGGCAUGUUCGCGCUGUAUCAUUUCGGGGCCGCGUUGCGGGCGCGGAGUCGCUUUACGGCCAAGUCUUGA